AAGGCCAAGCCCGAGAAAGUUACAGUUGUUCAUUGAUGAACAAGAUACCACAUCUUCUACUGCACCACAACAUCGUAGAGCCUAUCAUCCCUUCAGGUAAGUGAAGUCGAACUGGAAUUGACAUAUAUCAGGUAUUCUUUCAUUUGUAUGCAGACUCCAGCACAAACUAUUUGGAAUACUCUCUCUGAAUAUUUUAGAUGUUCUUCUUGAUUAUUGUUUUGCUUUGCAAUAAAAGGCUAGGGAAUUGUGAAAUGUUGGAAAUGUAGCCAACUCUACAGAGAUCAUUCUCUCUAAGCAAGUGUUUCCCAACUCCAGUGAUUGAGUACUCUCAACAGCACACAUUUUUGUUGUAGUCCUGGAAAAACUUGAUGAUUAGUUGACAAGUUGAAUCAGGUGAUCUUGUCCAGGGCUACAAUACAAAUGCAUACUGUUGGGGGUACUGGAGGACUGGAGUUGGGAAACACUGUUGGGGGUACUGGAGGACUGGAGUUGGGAACCACUGUUGGGGGUACUGGAGGACUGGAGUUGGGAAACACUGUUGGGGUACUGGAGGACUGGAGUUGGGAAACACUGUUGGGGGUACUGGAGGACUGGAGUUGGGAACCACUGUUGGGGGUACUGGAGGACUGGAGUUGGGAACCACUGUUGGGGGUACUGGAGGACUGGAGUUGGGAAACACUGUUGGGGGUACUGGAGGACUGGAGUUAGGAAACACUGUUGGGGGUACUGGAGGACUGGAGUUGGGAAACACUGUUGGGGGUACUGGAGGACUGGAGUUGGGAACCACUGUUGGGGGUACUGGAGGACUGGAGUUGGGAAACACUGUUGGGGGUACUGGAGGACUGGAGUUGGGAAACACUGUUCUAAGCCUUCAGUUAUUAUCGUGCUAUUAGGGUUUGGAAGUAUUUGAACUUAUGGUAAAAUAUAUCAUUUGGUUUUGCAAGUUUGUCAGUGAAAGAAACCAGAUAGAACAUUCUUGUAAGCCCCUUCCCACACAAUAUACCACAGGUAAUGUCUGAGCAUGUUUGAGCUUGUCAACAGAGAUCAUGUUACAUCCUUUUACAACUCAAGUGGUUUCAUUUGCCUGAAACAUGCUGGAUUGUUUUUGCAUGCUACCUACAUGACAUGGAAUUCGUAAUUCUGUUCCAGCCAGUCAUCCAGAACUACUAUUCUGUGAGAAGAAACCCUGUUAAUUGCAAAACAAAUAGAAGUUAGCAUCAGUAACAGACUGUUACUACAGUAACCUACUCCCAGUCCAUAGGCUGAGUCACUGUAGGACUAAAGUGAUGUCAUGUGUUUUUUUAUCUGUCCUGCUUGGUGGAAUUCCUCACAACCAGGAAUUUCACGUCUGGUGAGGAAUUACACAUAUGGAGUUACAAAGCCUACACUAACCCUCCAUUCUGUUGUCAACUGAUCCACUCAUCUUGAAGCGUUUGCAUUUGAAAGCCUCAGCUCGAGUUUAUCCAGCUCCAUCCUACCUUGAUUAACUAGUUUCACCUCCACCCAACCGUGAGUAACCGUUGAUAUGACAAGUACUCUUGAUACCAAAUAGUGGAACCAUAAAGGGUUCUACAGGGUCAAGCCGAAGAACCCUUUCUUAAAGGUUUUAAAUAGGUGUCCACAGAGACAUGAUUUCCAACACUUUCACUAAAAUAGUUUCAGCAUGUGGCCAUACCAAUAGAAACCCUACCUUUGCAUCAGGGAUUUUAUAACAAGAAUCUAGCCAGAUGGACAGAGUAUAUCCUGAUGUAUGUCCUGAAGCAUGUUUCCUUGUGUUGAGCCAUUUAUGAGACACUGCUGUUGUGCAUUAAGGGCAGUAAACACAAGUAGGCUAUUAAACUUUUAUUGGUUUAGGUAAUGACUUCCUUUCUCUGGAAUCUUUGCUUGUUUGAUCAACUAGUAGUUCAUGAGUUUGACAUGGAUGUGAAAACAUGAAUGUGAUUUUCUUUUUCUCUUUUUCCAGCAGCAGUCAUGAAGGUUGCAUCUUUCAACAUCCAGAAAUUUGGGAAGCGUAAGCUAUCAGACCCACAGACCUUUGCUAUCCUUGUGAAGGUACAGUUAUAUGAUUGUACGUAUUCCUGAUAUUAUACACUGAACAAAAAUAUAAACGCAACAUGCAACAAUUUCAAAGAUUUUACUGAGUUACAGUUCAUAUAAGGAAAUCAGUCAAUUGAAAUAAAUGCAUUAGGCCAUAAUCUAUGGAUUUUACAUUACUGGGGAUACAGAUAUCCAUCUGUUGGUCACAGAUACCUUUAAAACAAAGUUAGGGGCGUGGAUCAGAAAACCAGUCAGUAUCUGGUGUGACCACCAUUUGCCUCAUGCAUCACGACACAUCUCCUUUGUAUAGAGUUGAUCAGGCUGUUGAUUGUGGCCUGUGGAAUGUUGUCCCACUCCUCUUCAAUGGCUGUAUGAAGUUGCUGGAUAUUGGCGGGAACUGGGACACACUGUUGUACACAUUGAUACAGAGCAUCCCAAACAUGCUCAAUGGCUGACAUGUCAGGUUUGUAUGCAGGCCAUGGAAGAACUGGGACAUUUUCAGCUUCCAGGAAUUGUGUACAGAUCCUUGCGACAUGGGGCUGUGCAUUAUCAUGCUGAAACAUGCGAUGAUGGCGGCGGAUGAAUGGCACGACAAUGGGCCUCAGGAUCUCGUCACCGUAUCUCUGUGAAUUCAAAUUGACAUUGAUAAAAUGCAAUUGUGUUCAUUGUCCAUAGCUUAUGCCUGCCCAUACCAUAACCCCACCGCCACCAUGGGGCACUCUGUUCACAAUGUUGACAUCAGCAAACCACUCGCCCACACGAUGCCAUCUGCCCGGUACAGUUGAAACCGGGAUUCGUCUGUGAAGAGCACACUUCUCCAGCGUGCCAGUGGCAAUCAAAGGUGAGCAGUUGCUGUCUGGGUGGCUGGUCUCAGACGAUCCCGCAGGUUAAGAAGCCGGAUGUGGGGCCUCCCAAGUGGCGCAGUGGUCUAAGGCACUGCAUCGCAGUGCUAGCUGUGCCACUAGAGAUCCUGGUUUGAGUCCAGGCUCUGUCGCAGCCGGCCGCGACCGGGAGACCCAUGAGGCAGCGCACAAUUGGCCCAGCGUCGUCCAGGGUAGGGGAGGGUUUGGCCGGCAGGGAUGUUCUUGUCCCAUCGCGCACUAGCGACUCCUGUGGCGGGCCGGGCGCAGUGCACGCUGACUCGGUCGCCAGGUGUACGGUGUUUCCUCCGACACAUUGGUGCGGCUGGCUUCCGGGUUAAGCGGGCACUGUGUCAAGAAGCAGUGCGGCUUGGCAGGGUCGUGUUUCGGAGGACGCACGACUCUCGACCUUCGCCUCUCCCGUGUCCAUACGGGAGUUGCAGCGAUGGGACAAGACUGUAACUACCAAUUGGAUACCACGAAAUUGAGGAGAAAAAGGGGGUAAAAUACCAACAAAAAUAUAUAUAUAUAUAUAAGAAGCCAGAUGUGGAGGUCCUGGGCUGGCGUUGUUACACGUGGUUGGCGGUUGUGAAGCUGGUUGGACGUACUGCCAAGUUCUCUAAAAUGACGUUGGAGGAGGCUUAUCGUAGAAAAAUUAACAUGCAAUUCUCUGGCAACAGCUCUGGUGGACAUUCCUACAGUCAGCAUGUCAAUUGCAUGCUCCCUCAAAACUUGAGACAUCUGUGGCAUUGUGUUGUGUGACAAAACUGCACAUUUUAGAGUGGCAUUUUUUUGUCCCCAGCACAAGAUGCACCUGUGUAAUGAUCGUGCUGUUUAAUCAGCUUCUUGAUAUGCCACACCUCUCAGGUGGAUGGAUUAUCUUGGAAAAUGAGAAAUGCUCACUAACAGGGAUGUAAACAAAUUUGUGCACAACAUUUGAGAGAAAUAAGCUUUUUGUGCAUAUGGAAAAUGUCUGGUAUCUUUUAUUUCACUUUACAUGUUGCAUUUAUAUUUUUGUUCAGUGUAAUUCCCUCACAGAAACAUUUGGCAAACUAUCCUCAAAACAAGGAUGUUGUCCUAUACAUAAACAGAUAAACUAAUGAACUUUUUCUCCUUUUCCUUCCUUUCGUCCUAUCAGAUUGUGUCUCGCUAUGACAUCAUAGUGAUUCUGGAGGUGGUGGAUGUGAGCGGUACUUCAGUGAACGAGUUCCUGGAGGAAUUAAAUAAGUAAGUCUCAAGGCUGUGUAAUUUCAUAACAGUGAUUUGAAUGGUCAUAUCAGGGUGCUGUAGGCUGAUGGUUUUCCGGACCAUGAGACACUAUAACUAUAUAUCUGGGAAAUACUCCUGGCCCUACACCACAGGUGUCAAACUGGUUCCACGACGGGCUGAGUGGCUGUGGAUUUUUGCUCCUCCCUUGUACUUGAGUGAUGAAUUAAGGUCGCUAAUUAGGAACUCCCCACACUAGGCCCUAGGCCCUCCAUGGAAUGAGUUUGUCACCCCUGGAAUACACGUAUCACUCAUUGAUCUUGUGUUCUUGUCCAAACAGGGCCAAUAAGAAACAUCACUACACUCUGAAAAUCAGCACUCGUCUGGGAAGAAACAGAUACAAGGAGCAGUUUAUGUUUCUGUACAGGUACAAUUCAAACCCAUGGUCAACUUUACCUUCAUAAAACUUAUCUGAUGCCAUUCAUUUUUUACAUGGUGAUCUGAUUAUUCUUUUUUUAUGCAGGACUAAUGCUAUUAAAUGUGUUGCAUUGUUUGUUCUGAAAGGGAUGAUUUGGUGGACUUGGUCGGCUCCUGGCAAUAUGAGGACAACCAGGCUGGAGAUGUGGAUGCCUUCGCCAGGGAGCCGUACAUUCUCCGCUUCAAAUGUCUCAACACUGGUAAGGGGCAUAGGAGCACUAGAAUUAAGAGUGAUCCAUCCAAAUGCAAUUUGAUUUAGCAAAUAACAGAGAUGUGUGACUCAAGUCACAUUACUUGGACUGGAGUACUACUAAUUGUUCUACUUGAGACUUGACUUGGCAAAAAGAAAAAAACACUUGCCACUCGACUUCGACUUGAGCUUCUAUGACUCGUGACUCAACUUGGACUUGAGCUGUAUGACUCGAGAGACUCGAUUUGUCAUCUCGCGCACAAUGUAGACCUAUCUGUCUUUCAUUUAGAUGAUUUUUCAGUCUCAUCAACUAGGCUACUGAUAACAACCACAGCCUGCAGCUGCAUAGGCUACAGCCAAUGCGCCCUCUGGCCCUCUGGCCCUCUGGCCCUCUGGGUAAACGUGGUAAUUUUAUGUAGCCUAUUUAUAGCCCAUUUAUUUGUGUUAGGAGAACAUGUGAAUGUGAUUUUACAUUGACAUUUUAGUCAGUAAGCAGGAAGUAGGGAUGCUGAGCGUGCUGCAGCACCCCCUGAAAAAUCUGAAUGAAAAACAAAUGUUAAUAAGAAAAAUAUAUAUAUAUAUUCUUUUUUUCUCACUAAAGUAGUGCACUCGGCCUUUACUAGUAUUAGCGGACCGAUAUAGACGUCUGUAGCGCAGGCAAAAAUUAUAAUAAUCAGCAUCUCUGCUUUGGCAAAAAAAGGUAGUUGUAUAAUUAAGAACAGUAUCUUGCACGAUUUAAUAGUUGGAAUUGUACGAGUUGUUGCCAUGUCACUUUCUCUGCGAUUCUAAUGGAAUCCAGAAAAGAACAAAACCCAUCCUCAAACAUUUACAUCAAAAGUUGCAAAGUUAUGGGCAAAGACACAAAACAUCCACAUGAAAUAAAAUAUUUUUCUUGAUCAAAUAAAAUGGAAAACAACGACUUUUUGUGCAGUAUUCAUUUACCAUCAUUACAAACCAAUUGUAAAUGUACAUCAAAUCAAAUCAAAUCAAAUUUUAUGUCACAUGCAGGUGUAGACCUUACAGUGAAAUGCUUACUUACAAGCCCUUGACCAACAAUGCAGUUUUAAGAAAGAAUGCCCAAAAAAAUCACAUAAAAAUACAAUAUAAAAUAAUACGAAAUAAAAGUAACAAAUAAUUAAAGAGCAGCAGUAAAAAUAACAAUAGCGAGGCUAUAUACAGGGGGUACCGGUACCGAGUCAAUGUGUGGGGGCACCGGUUAGUCGAGGUAAUUGGGGUCAUAUGUACAUAUAGGUAGAGUUAUUAAAGUGACUAUGCAUAGAUAAUAAACAGAGAGUAGCAGCAGCGUAAAAGAGGGGUGGGGGGGCAGUGCAAAUAGUCUAGGUAGCCAUUUGAUUAGAUGUUCAGGAGUCUUAUGGCUUGGGGGUAGAAGCUGUUUAGAAACCUCUUGGACCUAGAUUUGGCACUCCGGUACCGCUUGCCGUGCGGAAGCAGAGAGAACAGUCUAUGACUAGGGUGGCUGGAGUCGUUGACAAUUUUUAGGGCCUUCCUCUGACACCGCCUGGUAUAGAGGUCCUGGAUGGCAGGAAGCUUGGCCCCAGUGAUGUACUGGGUCGUACGCACUACCCUCUGUAGUGCCUUGCGGUCGGAGGCCGAGCAGUUGCCAUACCAGGCAGUGACGCAACCAGUCAGGAUGCUCUCGAUGGUGCAGCUGUAGAACCUUUUGAGGAUCUGAGGACCCAUGCCAAAUUACUGUAUUGUACAUAGGCUGGUCAUCUAGGUUUGUACCUGUAGACUUUCCAUCACCAUGAAGAAAAACAAUGCACAAUACAGUAAUUGAGUACAUUGAGACAUCAAGUGGUUUGUGAUGCUAGGGUUGUGGGUUCGAUUCCCACGGUGGACCAGUACAACAAAGUAUGAAAAUGUAUGCACUCACUACCGUAAGUGGCUCUGGAUACUAAAAUGGAAAAGGAAUGAAUAGACCAUUUCAGUUUACACAUAGAAAUAAGUUGCAUUUACAAAGUAUUUCAAAAAACUGGAAAACAUAUCAAGCAAGUCUUUUUAUAUUCCACAAUAUAUUAUCAGAUUAACUGUUUUGUGCAUAUAAUUAUCAGACUCAAGUUACAAAUGCUGGUAAACACUCAAAUACAUUUAGUUUAAAUGUUUUCACUAAAGUAGUUCACAGGGCCUUCCGAUAUAGACAUCUUCAGCGCAGGCAUCUUUUUUCUGCAUCCCCCCUCCUGAUUUAUACCUGCUUAGGUUCCCAGAUGAGGAAAAGCUCCGGGCCCCAGGGAAAACAAUUUGCCCCACCACUUUGGGACCUGUGGUGCCACCUCUGCAUCAGGGCAAAGAUUAGGUGGUAAUGGGGGGAAAAGGGAUGCAGUUAGUAAAACAUGUGGAUCCAAAAUCAAUGAUGCAUUGCAAUUGCAAUGACAUUUGCAUAAAACACUUAACCAUUGACUUGAGGUACUCAAAACCCAAAAUUAGGGACUUGUGACUUGACUCGACCUGAGCUGAGGAACAUUGGACUAUACUUGAGACUUGCCUCGAGACUCGAAGGUUAAGACUUGAGACUUGCUUAGGAUUUGCAAAAUGGUGACUUGGUCCCAUCUCUGGCAAAUAAUAUGAAAGUGAAUGGCAAACAGACAGACAGCUGGAGAUUGCAGCAGAGAAUAAAAUACCAUUAAUAAACAGCUGUAAUAUAUACUUCUAAUCUCUUCCUGUGUUUCUCAGUGCUGAAGGACUUGGUACUGAUCCCAGUGCACACCAAGCCUGACGACUCAGAGAAGGAGCUGGAUGAGCUUUAUGAUGUCUUCCUGGAAGUGACAAAGAAAUGGAAGACUGAUGUAAGUUCUGAGCUAAACCAUUGACAGAGCUUAACACCACCCUUGGAUUUAGAAAGUGUACUUGACACCAAAUCCUACAAUAUAUAUGAGGCUUUGACAAGUAAAAUACAAAACUAGCCACAUGGUGAUUUCAAGAUAACUAUAUAUGAGAAUAACAUCGAUUUAACUGCUCUCAGGAUUACAAGUAACUUUGUUGUGGAAUGUUUCUCUCUGUACCAGAACGUUAUGAUCCUAGGUGACUUCAACGCAGACGGGUCCUACCUUUCUAAAAAGGGCAUGAAAGUCCUCCGUAUCCGCAGUGACAAAAAUUUCCACUGGCUAAUUAAAGAUGACGUGGAUACCACAGCAAACACAGGCAACGAGAACACUUAUGACAGGUUGCUCACUGUGAUUUGUGAAAUACAUUUAUGAAUGCCUCAUGAAACCUGAGAUGUAAUUUUUUUGGUAUUGAUAAAUGGUCGUUAAAAUGUUAUAAGGUUUCAUAAAAAACAAUUACUUGUGUGUAAUAUGGAAUGACUGCUGACUUGAUCUUCUGAUCAACAUCUAGGAUUGUGAUCUAUGGAGAUGACAUGCUUGACGCCAUGGUGCCAAACUCUGCCAAACCAUUCAACUUCCAGAUUGCAUAUGGUCUUUCUGAAGAAGAUGUAAGUAUGCAUGUUACAGACGAGUUCAAUCCUGGUAGAUGGUUUGAUUACAAUAUUAUAACUAGAUGAAAUGAACAUGUUAGUAGCCUACAUUUUGAAAAAACGGUUCUAGAAAUACACAUAAAAGGGGACUAGCAAUAAAGUACAUAUAAAAGUUGAGCCCUCUGGCUUAUGUCUCAACAUGUAACUACCAUGCUUUAUUAGGCCCUGAAGGUGAGCGACCAUUACCCUGUGGAGGUAGAGCUGAAAAGAUCAACACCUACAGAACAGAGUAAGCAGCAUCAUUGCUCUUUAUUCUGA